GAAUCUGAGCCGAACCCGGACCUCCGCGGAUCAGACACCGAACCGAAGCCAGCGGCCUCCGCCUCGGCUCGCGCCCGCUCGGAGGCUCACGUGUCCCGGACGGCCUCCCUCACAUGACCCGAGUGUUUGUCCCCGUGAUCAGCGCCUCCGUCUCCGUCGGUCUGUGUCGGUGAGCCGGUCCCACCCUCGGAAGGCUUCAUGGAGAUGUUGGAGCAGAGUGUGGAGGGCUCGGUGAGUCACAACAAACCGGAAGCGGAAGAAGCGCAGCUGCAGGAAGGAGAAUCCGAGGCGCCGGACGAGCAGACGGCCGUCACCAUCUCCAGCGUCCCUCAGGCCGCGUUUGCCGACCACGGCGUCCAGUACCAGUUCAGAACCGAGAACACAGGAGGACAGGUGACCUAUCGGGUCGUCCAGCUGACAGAAGACCAGCUGGAAGGCACAGCGGACGGAGCUGGGGCCAUCAGCGUUGUCUCUGCCGCAGCGUUUACUGGAGCUCCUCAGGCUGUAGCUCAGGCCGUGAUCCAGAAUCCUUUCAGUAAUGGGAGCAGUCCAGGCGUGGAGGCCGUCGGAGGAGAAUCACGUUUUGCUUAUUUUCCCGCCGUCAGCGAUGGAACGGCGGUGUCGGUGCAGGCCGCCGCCGACCCCACCCUCACUCAGGCUGGAGGUCAGUUUUAUGUGAUGAUGAGUCCCCCUGAGGUGCUGCAGACAACAACGAGCCCCCGGACCAUCGCGCCGCGGACUCAGACCUUCACAACGAAGGUGGAAGGUUCCCGAGCUCCGAGAGACGAGCGGCGAAGAGCUCAGCACAACGAAGUGGAGAGAAGAAGAAGAGAUAAGAUCAACAACUGGAUCGUCACGCUCUCGAAGCUGAUCCCGGACUGCAGCGUGGACACCAGAACCGGAGCGAGUAAAGGAGGAAUUCUGUCCAAAGCCUGCGACUACAUCCGAGAGCUUCGCCAGAAGAACCAGCAUCUGCAGGACAGUUACAAAGAGGUGGAGCGGGUGGAGAUGGAGAACGAGCUGCUCCGACAACAGAUCGAGGAGUUGAAGAACGAAAACGCGCUGCUCCAGGUGAAGCUGCAGCAACACGGCGUGGAGGUCACCGGAGACGAAACGCCGCAGUGACCUUUGGACCCGUUCAGCACCACGGACACGUUCUGAUCUUUCUCACCUCCAGAGUCACAGCGGAACCGGAAAGACUUUCCCACCCGGACCCGUUAUCCGACCGCCUCCACCUGCUCACGACGCCGACACGUCGCUUCAAAUCACCGACCUGACAAAGAAAACCUCCAGCUUUUAUCGCGCCGUCUUCCUUUUUAUUUCUGUUUACGUGAAAGUCUGAACUUCCAGCCUGUCUUUAAGUUAUAUGUGUGCGGACAGAACCGGAACCAGAACCAGGAGCAAGAGAUCAUGGUGAGCAGCCUGGACGCUUGGAUGGAGCCUGUCAAAACGUUUCUGAACGUGAGCCGCUGCGAGGAGACGCAAACGGAGGUCUAGUUUUCAGAUGAAAGCCUUAAUAGAAGCUGGUGUGUGUGUGUGUGUGUGUGUGUGUGUGUGGGGGGGGGGGGUCUAGUGCAGACACUGAUCACAUAAAGGAGACUUUCAGAUUAAGAGUCUGCUGAACAUUAAACCACAAACUGACUGGAUUUUAGCGGGCGGCGCUUCAGCUGGUGAUGCUCACGUUAACCAGCUUUUAUUUUGAAAGUCCUUACAGCAUGCAGGUCUGACCACUGGCAUGACUAAUCCUGAUCCAAUAAAACAUAUUUAUACCCGA